GUGCAUAACAAGUGGUCCCAAAACAAAACUUACUAAUAUUUGUUAUAAUGAAUCAUGGUGAAAGUCAAUUCGAGUUAUCUGAAAAUGAAAAUAAUAAACAAAUGAACGACGAUGAAACGAAAGGAUCAAGUGAAGCUGUCUCAUUUUGUGAAAGGAUAAACAAACUUCGAAAAUUUAUAACAGUGGAGCCAUUUUUGGCAAUAUACUUCUUAAGCAACGCACUUUCAGUUGUAGCGUCUCAAAAAUUUAUAACGGAAAGAGAAUGCACAGUAGAUUUGAACUAUCCUGUAGAUAUUUGCUUUAAAAUUGUGGAAGGUAUUCAUGAUAAUUCAACAUUAACUAUGAAAGAUGCAGUUACCUCUGCUAUUGGUAAUUUAUAUACAUGGAAGCAACCUUUGGAAAAAUUUCUACCGGCUAUAUUCAUUCUGAAUAUCGGAGCCUGGAGUGACAGAACUGGAAAUAGAAAAGCGAUCAUACUUGUACCAAUUAUUGGACAAGUAUUUUCUACGGCUACUUAUUUAGCCGGCAUAUUUUUUUCAUCAGCACCAAUAUGGAUUAUUUCACUUAUUGAUUCAUUGAUAUUAACAGCUACUGGUGGAUUGACAAUUUUAUUUUCGGGCGUAUAUUGCUAUGUAGCAGAUGUUACAGAUCCCGAUAACCGUACUGUAAAAGUAGGCGCAAUUGGUAUUGUGGUGUCAAUUAGUGGAAUAAUAGGACAGUUAGUAGCUGGUGAACUCACACAAUCUACUGGGUACAUAGUUCCUAUUGCUAUAUCACUAAUAUGCAGCAUUUUCGGAGUUUUAUAUACGUAUUUCAAAAUACACGACGUUAAUAGAAAAAAGGAAGAGGGUACUAGUUGUGAAAAAAUUGCAAAUUUUCUCAAUCCAAAGAAUUUUUGGGAAUCGUUUUCUUUGUUGGCACUUUCAAAAGGAAUACAAUUUGUGCAGAUUAUUUUGAUUUUGUCUGCGUAUAUCAUCAUAUUGGGACCUCUCUACGGGUUAUUUUCAACGCUAUAUAAUUACCUUCUCGACCGUUACUCCAUGAAUGAAGUGGAAUUCACUUGGUUUGAUUCCAGUGUUCAGAUAAUAACGUCAAUAGGUACAGCCAUAGGAGUCAAACUUUUUACAGAUACCCUGAAAAUACAUGACUCUCUUUUGGGAGUUAUCGCAACAUUUUGCAGAGCAACCAGUUACUUCAUAUAUGCUUUUGCCAAUAACCGUACUUGGUUAUAUAUUGGAGGUGUUUCUGAUAUAUUUGGAAACAUUGGAGUUGUUGCUGUUCGAUCCAUGAGUACUAAAAUUGUAGAUUCGGGUGAUAUAGGUAAACUGACUGCAAUCAUAGCUCUCGCUGAUUCUUUGACCAGUGUCACAGCAAUCCCCUUGUACAAUCAAGUCUGGGUCAACUACAAAAAGUACUUCGAAGGAGCUGCUUACCUCAUGGGAUCUGUAUUGACUAUACCGAACUUCUUCCUUAUGUUUUUGCUGUACUACAUCGAUAAGAAACAAAAGAAAGAUGUCGUCACCAAUCCCGAUUCUAAAGAAAAACAUGUGUAUAGCAAUGAAAUUACAGCACUAUAAUUCUACAAUUCAGCUGUCAGAGCAUCGUUGUUUUAUUUGUUAUAAAUUCCGUAUACUCCAAUAUAAUACUGACGUUGGAAAACAAGCAAGUGAUUUUUUAUUAGUAUUACUAAAUACAUUUAUUUACUGUAUAAGCUAAAAAUGGAUCAUUUUAAUUCAUGUAGUAGGUAUUGUUUUUUUAAUUAAUUUUAAGCCGAUCCCGAAGCCGAGCCGACCGCCUAUAAGAACAAUCCAAAGUUUGUUUAAAUUGAUCCCUUGAUUGACUUUAACAAUUUGCACAGGAAGAAAAGCAGCUAGUUCACGCCUUGUUAUUUUUCGCUACCAAGCUAGCACAAAAUUAUACAUGCACUAGAUAAAUGUACGUCUAUUAUCUAAAACACAGGUAAAAGUCUCAAGUCUCAAGUAAAAUGAGCUGAAUGGCCUUAUGAUAGAAUUGUUAAAGUGUGUAGAUUUAAGUUUUGACUUGUGAAUGUCUUAUAACGUAUCCGUGAUAUUAUUAUAAGAAACAAUUAAACUUAUUCGACAACUUAAAGCUUCACGACCUUGACGGUCUAGUCUAGUCUGACAAAUUUUUAUUAUGAAAUUUAUGUCGAAAUAAAAUUAUUUUUCUAAUAUUCAAUGUAUAUUUUAUUUGGUACAAGUUUUAUUUUCAUUAUUAUA